AUGAAUGACGAACGAGUAGCCUACUCAGAACUGAGUCUGGCCAAGGACCCAAAGAAGCAGCAAAGGACACCUAAGAGCACAAAAAGCUCCGCUUCGGUCACUGAACAGGAAAUAACCUAUGCGGAAUUAAACGUUCCAAACGAGCAGAACAAUUACUCCCUAAGAAGAACCCAUAAAGCAUAUCAUUGUGGUUACUGUCCGAAGGAGUGGUUCAUGUAUUCCAACAAUUGUUAUUCCAUUAGUAUGGAAAAAAAAUCUUGGAAUGAGAGUUUGAUGGCCUGCGCUUCUAUGAACUCUAAUCUCCUUCAUAUAGAUGAUGAAGAAGAAAUGAAACUUCUGAUGUCCCUAUCAUUUGUAUCAUGGGUUGGCAUCUCUUGUAACAACAGUGAUUGUCCAUGGGCGUCAAUAAACAGAUCAACUUUCAAACCAAAGAUAAAAGAAUCCGCAAAUCAUAAUCAUAACUGUGCUGUGCUACACUCAGGUGGUCUUAAACCAGACAGUUGUGGAUCUCUAAAUACGUAUAGUUGUAAGCUUAAGCUUUAA